GAGAGUAUCUUUUUUGGCAUGGCUGAACAGGCAGUUCGAAGGGAUACCCGCCCGCUUACGGCCAUCUAUGGGCCUGGUUCGGCUCGAGUUGUUUUAAGCCUUGGUAAAAAGGGUGCGACACGGGCCCGCCUUUUGGCGGACAUCAUUUACGUGUUGCUUCCACACGCCAUCCAGACAGCCCAUCCAGCCAUGGCCAAUCCGUCUUGGCUGCCUUCAUGUUUUGGCACACCUAUGUGGGUGGUGAAAGUCUCUGACUUCCUGACUUUGGAGGCCGUGCCCUGCCACGAGGAGCUGCAGCGCAGAGGCUUGCUGAUCCGCCACGAGGAGGGCUUCUUCUGUAUCUUCGUGUCCCAUCAGUGGCUGACUGCGAGCCAUCCGGAUCCCAAGGGUGAGCAGCUGUCGGUGCUGAAGCACGCCUUGUGCAAUCUCUUGGCAGGUGCCCAAAUCGGCACAGACCUCCGCGCGGAUUUCUUCGACCAGCAGACCAGGCUGAGCAAGCAGCAGCGGAUUCGCCUCAAGGAUGGCUACAUUUGGAUGGAUUGGUUCAGCAUCCCGCAGCAGAGCAGGUCAAACUCCUUCGGUCCGGCUGGUGAGACUCAUGCAUUUGCGCAACUGGCGCCGCUUGCGCACGCUCCUAGCGAUGGCGAAUCCGACGCGCUAGAGUCGCCAAGUUUCGGUGCCUCUCCAAGUCUGGCCAGCCAGGCGGACUUCAUCGAGCGAAUCCCAUACUUUGUGGAGAUGUCCAACAUGUUCGUGAUCCUGGCGCCGCGGUGCCAGCAGGGUGACCUUUCCCAAUGCGAUUUUGGGAGCUGGUCUCAGCGUGGAUGGUGUCGACUAGAGCUUUGGUGCAAGAUGCUGUCCGCAAACGUGGAGCUGCCGGUGGUUCUUGUGUCGGCUGCACACAAAAUCGACUUUGCUAUGCCUAUCGCCUGGAUCGACGACCCGCCGGACGAAGGAGCCUUCACCUACGAAGCAGAUCGAGGAACAGUCUCUUUUGUCAUGAAGACGAUCUUGCGAACCAAAAUCCGAAACUCAAAAGCCGACAAGAAGUGGGAAGUGUACCGCUACUUUAUCGCCCGGUAUGACACACUAUUGGGACGCCCGCCUCGGCAGCGCACGAUGGAGGCGUUCAUGAAGGACUUCCAGCUGAAGUCCCUAGACUCCAAGAAGGGAAUGUGCCCUUUGCUCUGCGCCACCCUAUCCGGCGACGUUGGGAUGAUCACACACCUCUGCAAUGCGGGGGCGGACGUGAACAGGUUCUACGGCAAGUUGCCGGAAGUCUAUAUCUUUCAAUCUGUGUCGCCGCUGAUGCUUGCGGUGUGGAUGAGCUGGCGCACGCCGGAAGUCGCCCAGACCUUGCUGGCACGGUCGGCGGAUGCCACAGCCUGCUCCAGGGGUGGAGCUCCCGAGCCCGUGGUGGGGUUUUGCAAAUCCGCGGCUCUGGUGGAGCUUUUGGUCCAGCACCGGGCAGAUGUCAAUACGACGUUUCCUGCCUUAGCUGCGGCCUGUGGGGUUGCAGCGCCCACCUCUGUGAUCGCGUCUCUCCUGGAGCACAAGGCGCAGGUGAAUCCUCCUGGCGGCGGCCUCGGGAGCAAGCACCCCUUGUCCGGCGUGGCAUACCAGUCAUCUGUGAGUAGCAACGCCUUGGAGGUGGCGAAGCUUCUGUUGGAUGCCCGGGCGGACGUGAAUAUCCAAUAUCGCAGCACCGGAGUGUGGCGGGCGGGAGAGUUUGCGUGCAGGAGCGCGCUGAGACUCCGAGGUCGCGGAUCAGCGGUGGUCCAUUUUAUGGCCGAGUGGUCGACCACCCCCUUGGGUAUGGCCUGCUUCUUCGGGUGCGAUGAGCUGGUGGAGCUUCUGCUCAGUGCGCGCGCAAACCCCGAGAUCCCCAACGAGCGCGGGCGAACGCCGAUUGACCUGGCGAGAUCGAAGUCGACGCUGGAGCUCAUCCAUCAUCACCAAACCACGUUCUCCAUUUGACGCGGGCAUUGCUAUCUUCGUCAACACGGAGCUUGCGAAAGAGUCAUACUGCAGAUGGACUCUGAAGUCCAUGUGCACAUGCACAUACCUAGGCAUCACGAAGGUCGAUUCGAGGAUGCCAUACACUACACAGAAUGCUCUACGUAUUUUGCGCGAGGGCAGCUGACAUUUGGCGUGCCUAUUGCAGAGAUAAGGCCGCGACAUAUGAUGAAUAUAGAUGGCUGUUCCCAGUAGUCUCCUUUGUGGAGAAGUCAGGGGUUAGGGGGUCAUUAACUUCUCGCUCUC